ACUGCCAUGAAUAAAAAGCCCAAAAAAAAAUAAUAAUAAAAUAAAAAAAAAUUGUUAAUUGAAGAUGGGAACCUCCUUUCACAACAAAAGCUAGGGGAAGAAAAAAGAAAAGAAAAGAAAUGACUUUCAGUUUUUUGAUAUUAUAGAAUCAAAGAGUUUUACAUUACUCCAAAAAUAAUAAGAAUAAAGAAGAAUUCAUGAAAAACCCAAAGAGAGAGAGAGAGAGAGAUGCCCACAAGGAAAAAAGGAGGAUUUUGCUAGAAGAAUUGGCAAUGAAUGUUACAAAUAAUGGAAAAUUUAUUGUAGAAGAGGGGAUUAAUUAUCCAGUUAUUUACUUAUCAAGAGCACAAAGAACAACUAACAACCCCCAGUAUAUCUUUCAUUAUUUGUUUCCCUCAAUGUCCUAGACAGCAAAACAUAUUUGUACAAGAGAAGUUCGGAAACACGGAGUUGCCUACUUCUGACUCCCACUAUUUCUUCAAUUCCUUAUACCAAUCCAGUCAACUCCCUCUCCUUCCAAGAAAAAACCCUAUAUUAACUAAAUUCUUUGAUCAAUUUAUUGCUUUGAAAAAUAUUCUGAGUUCCCCCCAAAAAAUCCCACUUUUCGAAUAUUUAAUAUGGCAUUGCAGAUCGAGGUAGUCGAAGAAGUGGAAUCGGAAAAUCAGAAGCAGCCAGUGGCUAAGAUGGUGGUGGAUGAUGAGAGCAAGCAGAAUGACUUCUUGAAGGCAACAGCUUAUGGAGACAUGAAGAAGCUGCAGCGCCUGGUUGACAGCGAGGUUGCUCCAUUUCUGCGUCUGAUGCCCUUUUUUACUACACUCUCCAGUAGCCGGACGGCAACAUCAUUGAGGUGGUUACAAAGGCAAGGAGAAAACCACUACAACCAACCCCAUCAAAAAUUCAAGAGCGAUAUUUUACAGAAAAAUCGCUGUUGCAUAAGGAAGAUUACCAUCAAGAAACAACAAUUUUGGGGGAAAAAAUAAAUUCCAUGGAGCUAGAAGAUGAGAAUGGCUAUUUAUGUUGAAAUUAAAUCACUGACAACAAUCAAAUCAAGUACAAAACCAACAUAUAAAGCACAUUUUUAUACAUAUAAUGUGAU